AUGACUUCGUCGACGCCCAAGAAAUCUGUGCGAUUAGCGACUCUGUUGAAUGGAUUUCGAAGCCAGAAUCAAGUGCACAAGGAAGAAAGACAACCUGAGGUGGCAGCUGAAGAUUUCUUGGAUAGCAUAGAAAACUCUACAGUGAUAGACUCCGAGGGUCUUUGGGUAACAGAGGACUCUUCACCUUUAAAAACCUCUAAUGAUGGUAAAAUAUCUGCUUUCAACGAUGAUGAAAGAACCAGUGACUGUGAGAUAGUUGAGGAGCUGAGACCUUCAAAAGUAUCACUGAAGGAUCUUCUGAGUGGUAAGGAUAAAACUGGAAGGCUUAAAACAGUUGAUACUGCUGAAAUAAUCAAUGAUGUGCAUACUACAAAAGUUAAUGAUCCAAACAAAAAUCGGGAAGCACACGAACGUAUUGUAUCUGCACUUGACAGUGCCAAGAAGACAACUGUUCGAGACCUCUUUGGGGGGUCUAAAAAAAAAUUGCGUGAGACGAGCGCAAAUGAGCUCCCUGCGGUGAGCAAAACUCGAAGAUCCCUCAAGCGGGCACAUGAAGCCUCCAAAGCUGCAAGUUUAGAAACGCCGCUUCCCAAAUUCCAGAGAAUUUCACUUUUGGGGGACGAAAUACCGCACAGACCUCUGACGCUAUCGAAGAAAGCUCAGAAUUUGAACCACAACGAUGUGGUUGAAAGUCCCGGGAUUUUUAGGUCUUUGAUUCACUUAGCAUCAAGUCAACAAGAAGAUAGGAUACAGAACAUUUCCAUCACUAAUAAAACUCAAAAUGAAUCUCUUUGGACUGACGAGUUCUCACCACAAAACCUUGAAAAUGUCAUUUUGGAGGAUGAGCUAAAAUCGCAGGUAGAUCGAUGGCUACGAAUGGCUUUUGAAAAGCUACGAAGGAUGACGACAAGGAACAAAUUGUCGAAGAAAAAGUUCGACAUAGACGGCAUGGACAUGUUCAUUGUUGAUGAUGGAAAUGAUGAUGUUAGUGAUCAAAUGGAAGAAUUCGUACCUCUACUGAUUUUGUUUGGUGAAGCGGUGGGUAAGAAUACGUUACUGAAGGCCAUCAUGAAUGAUGUGUCUGGUCAGAUUUUCGAGAUCAAUAGCUCUGGGAACAGAAGCAAGAAAGACUUUCUUGACAGCCUGCUCGAGUUUUCGACUUCUCAUUACGUUAAGAAUAAGGGCUCUAAAGGCAUUAUUCUUUUUGAUGAUGUUGACAUCUUAUUUCGAGAGCGCGACAAGCUAUUCUGGGUUACGGUAGAACGAUUGCUCAUGGCUUCGCGGAGGCCAGUAGUCCUAGUCUGCCGUGACCUCAGUUUUAUUCCAUUCAAUCUCAUUCAGGUCGCUGACGAAGAAAACUCGCUAUUUCACGCCGAAAAGAUUGACUUUAACAGAGCGAACGCCCAACUGUCUCAAUUUCUGAACGCAAAGGGAUUCAACUUCUCUUCAGAGUAUUCAAAGGCGCUGCUGCAAGAAUAUGGCGGUGAUAUAAGAAGGUGUCUAGUGAACCUUCAAUGGAAAGCUGUGGCCGACCAACAGAAGACUAAUGACACGAAAAUCCAAGAGCAGACGAACAUCGGUCAUAACAAGCACGUUGGUGAAAUCAUGUCUCAGGCCGAUCUUUUGUCAUAUGCGGACAUGAUAAACAAUAGCAUUAAAUGGAAAUCGAACAUAGUUGGGGACAAGGAUCGCACUCUUAAUUAUCCCAUCUCUUCAAAAGACUUUACUGCAUUGUCUGACGAAGAGAGGCUCGCAUUGGACUAUAUGGUCGACUACAGACAGCAUUUGCAUGACCACUUGAGAACCGCGCUGUUACCUUUCGAGACAAAUAUCAGUGAGAGUCUCUUUCAGAGUAUCGAUGACCCCCACACAGGAAAAGUUUUGGAUUGCAAUAAAAUCAUGGACAAAACUACACCCGAGGUUGUAUCCUACUUAGGAAGCCGGGUACCUGAUAAAAUGUCACUUAAUGGAGAACAAUCAGCACCCGUUCGCAUGACUAGGAACUCAAGAAAAGUACGGGAAAUUUUAGAUCGGUUCUCGGACGGCCCGAUAGAAAGCAAUUCAGAUUUUGAGGGUGUAUAUUUAGGCUUGAAGGCAGCGAUGACAAGACAUCAGAUCAGUCAAGAGGUCAUACCAUAUGUCGUUGAGGUCGCAAAACAUGAUCAGGCCCAAAAGAACAAAAACAAAGUGAUUUUUGAGACCGCUUUGCAAAGGGAGGAAUCUCUAUCAGGUACAGAGGUGGUAAAGGUGCUUCUGCAAAACCACGCUUUCCAUCCAAUCUGGUUCAAUGGUGAACCCAGCCCUGUACUCGAGGCAUGGAAAAGUCCUCUAAACGCAUUCAAUAAAAAUAUGUGA